UACCAUACAAAGUACAUAUACACAUAUAUAUAUUUCUAGUGCUCGAGCAUACUAUACGUAUAUAUGUGUUUGCGCGUGUGCGCGGAUCGCGUUUGUAUGUGUUAUUAUUGUACGUGUAUGUAUGAACAAUAAUGUGAGUUUGGUAAAGUAAAUCGUGUGUUCGUGUACUGAUUUUCAUUGCAAGCUAAAUUGUCCGUCGUGUUGGUAUACUGUUUUUAUUAAUGACGUUUCAAGUGUAAUAUAUAAUUAAGAAUAAAAUGGGUGUUGGCCUUAAACCAUUAGAGUUUACCGAUUGCUUAACCGAUAGUCCGUAUUUUCGAGAAAAUCUACAUUAUCAUGAACGUGAAUUGGAAAAAACAAGUCAGCAGAUUAAACGUCUCAUCAAGGAGGUCAAAGAUCUACUGUUAGCCGCUAAGAAUUUAUCCCGAGCCCAGCGAGCAUUUUCUAAAACACUGCAAAAUUUUAGUUUCGAAUGUAUCGGAGAAACACAAACCGAAGAUGAAACUCACAUAUCGCAAAGUUUAAAGGAAUUUGGUAAACUGAUAGCAUCAAUAGAGGAUGAAAGGGACCGCAUGCUUGAACGCGCUUAUGAUCAAAUUAUACUUCCUUUGGAAAACUUCAGAAAGGAACAUAUUGGCGGUGUUAAGGACGGGAAGAAAAAAUUUGAAAAACAGACUAUUAAGUUUUGUCAAAGUCAAGAACGUUACCUAAAUUUAUCAACAAAAAAACAGGACAAUGUUCUUCAAGAGGCGGAUGCAACAUUGGAAAUGGCCAAAAGACAUUUUUGUCAAGCUAGUUUAGAGUACGUGUUCUUGUUGCAAGAGGUACAAGAACGAAAGAAAUUUGAAUUUGUUGAAACAUUACUAAGUUUUAUGUUCGGUUGGUUAACGUUCUAUCACCAAGGUCACGAAGUAGCAAAAGAUUUUAAACCAUAUAUGACCGAAUUGCAGUUAAAAAUACAAAAGACUAGAGAGAAUUUUCUUGCAACCCGGGAUAAAACUGAAUCACUUAUGAAUAAAAUGAAGGAUAUGAAAAAGUCAGCCGUGGAGACAGGAUUGAACAAAUUACAUUCACGUGAAGGAUAUUUAUUUCUUAUGGAAAAAAAGGCUUUUGGUACAACAUGGACUAAACAAUAUUGUACAUAUCAAAAAGAUACUAAAGAAUUUACAAUGAUACCGUACAAUCAACUUACAGGCAAAUUCAGUAGUAAAGAAACUCUAACGUUAGCAUCCUGCGUAAGGCGUAUGUCAGAUACAAUUGAAAAGCGCUUUUGUUUUGAUAUUACAUCUAUUGAUAAGCCUAAUGUAACAUACACGUUUCAAGCAUUGUCCGAAGAAGAUAGAAAAUUAUGGAUGGAUGCUAUGGAUGGUAAAGAACCGAGUUAUCCUUUGGUGGGAACAUCGGUUAAAUCCGAAGAAAAUAUUUUGGACGAAACAGGAUUCAUGUUUGUAUCAAAAUGUAUUACGGUCCUGGAAGACAGAGGUCUAGAAGAACAAGGUUUAUAUCGAGUCGUUGGUGUGGCAUCUAAAGUAAACAAACUUUUAGCUAUGGGCCUGGACAGAAGAAAAUUAGAGAAACUUUCUUUAGAAGAUCGUUUUGAAUGGGAAAGUAAAACUAUAACCAGUGCAUUAAAAACAUAUUUACGAACUCUUUUUGAACCAUUGAUGACUUUCCGAUACUAUAACAGUUUCAUUUCAGCUGCGAAACAUGAAGUGAAAGAAACACGAAUAAAUGAAAUACAUAGCCUCGUUUAUCGAUUGCCAAAGGCUAAUUUUAAUAUGUUGACUCUGCUUAUACCUCAUUUACGCAGUGUAGCAAAUAAAAGUGAUAAAAAUUUAAUGACAGUUGGUAAUUUAGCCGUUUGUUUUGGCCCAACGUUAUUAAGGCCAGAAGAAGAAACGGUGGCCUCUAUAAUGGAUAUUAAAUUUUACAAUAUCGUAGUAGAAAUAUUAAUUGAAAAUUGUGAAAGAAUAAUUGCCGGUCCACCGCAAGAUAUUUUACGCACAACACAAAUGAUACAAAGUAUGGUUACGUCUAAAGUAAUAGCAGAAACGGAUGAGGGUCCAACUACUUCUGGAAAUGGAACUUCUUUGUUAAGAUAUCCGGUACAUAGUUCUGUUUCGAUACCGCAUGCUCAUCAUGUUACAAGAUCUUAUUACGAUGGACCAUUAACGAUUACAACUAAAUCACCAUCUAUGGAUGAUAGAAAAAAUGGUGAUUACGAAGAAGUUGAUCCUAGUAGUCAUCGUAUUCCUGCAUAUCUAGAGACUCGAAGUGGUCGAGUUAAAUUAACUAACGCAAAUUUAAUGUACCAUUCAGCAGAUAAAGUGCUUACUAGUGGUAACACGAGUAGCUCGAGCGAAUCAAUUGCAUCGGAUCCACAUCCAUUUACAGCUAAUAUACCGGUUAAACAAAAACGUGGAACUGUUAUGUCCACGCAUUAUCCUGCUAAUUAUCCACGAAGUAAUCCCACAAUAUCUAUUGCUAAUACAUCGCCAAGUAGUGGUCGUUCCAGUCCUGGUCAAAUGCCUGGAAUUUGGAGAGUACGAACAUUAUAUGCCUGUUUGGCUGAAGGUGAUGGGGAAUUAUCAUUUGAACCAAAUCAAAUCAUCACAAAUGUUAAGGCUUCGUUAGAGCCUGGAUGGUUAGAAGGCACCUUGAAUGGGAAAACUGGACUAGUUCCAAAAAAUUAUGUCGAACAGUUACCCUAAAGCUGAGAAGUAACCAAAGAGUGCCUGUGUUUUGCAUUAAAUCAAUAUUUACAUUCCCUAUAUGCACACACACAUUCCUCCCCAAAUAUUUUACCCCGCUGCAUGUAAAUUUUUAUAUUGCGGGAUAAGAGAUUAUUCUCAUCCAAACUUUGAUAUCAUAAAUAAUAACGUGAAACGCAUAAUCGUAACUGUGUAUCUUUCUUUGGAUACAACGUACACACAUAGUCAAUUAUACUUAUACAUUUCUAUGUAAACGUAAAACUUAUUUAUUAGAAACAUUCUUUUUUUUUCUUAAAAUAUAAUUAUGCUGUAUAUAAAAUUACGUAUAAAAAAAAAUGUAAUGCAUACGCGAAUCUAUAAUAGAGUUU